CUGAGUUUAUACUUGAAAAAAUGUUUUUUUUUCAUUUUCCGUCGAAGAUCUUUCCAAACUUCAACCACAUACCUCUAUCCUUGAACAUAUCUUUUUAACUAGUCCACUGCAUCUUAUUAUAUUGAGCUUGAAUGAUGUUCCAUACAGACUAAAGGGUUGAGUCGAAGUUUAAGAUAUUUUCGAUUGUUCAAAGGCGGAAGGGACAAAGAAGAGCGGAGAGAACAAUCGAUCAUGCCAUCUUGGAUUCACGGACAUCGGCUGCCAUUGUCGAGAACAGCACGUUUUCGUCAACUCAGCAAAGUUCGUCCUCAGAGUCGUUGAGCGGGAUUUCCUCGUCGAACAUAAACUACGUAAGAUUUUCCUGAAGAUAUGCGAACCGUAGCAGCAAAUUUUCCUGAAGAUAAGUGAACCGUAGCAGCGAUCCGCGCGAUGCAAAGUGGGGGCUGUGAAUUGGCAGCUAGGAGCGGGACGAAUGGCGCUGCGAGGAGACGCCGUCAGUCUUACCGACGCGUCAGUUGCGAGUCGUCGAGUCUGUGGAGCGGCAGCGAUCUUGGGAACGGAUCAGCGGCAGCAACAUGGUGAAGCAGAACGGCGAGGAAUACGAUGAGGGUGCGCAGGAGCGGAUGCUCAAAGAGGACAGCGCCCAGAAGAUCACCACGAAAGAGUCCACAGAGGUAAAAUUUAUCUCGGAGAAUGGCGACGCCAAGAUCGAUAUUGGAGUAGUAAAUCAGGCCUCGGCGAUGGGCAAGGAAGAACUGAUGAAGUUUGUUAAUGAUCCGUUCUGGGUGAAAUUGAGAUGGGCCCUGUUCAUCGGUUUCUGGUUACUGUGGGCUGCAAUGUUGGCUGGUGCUAUUGCCAUUAUCGUAAUGGCGCCUAAGUGCUCGGCGCCUGAGCCGAAGAAGUUGUGGGAGGAAAGUCCGAUUGUUAGUUUAGAGACCUUGGAUAGUCCCACCAACGACUUGAGGGGAUUGAAACCUAUAUUGUACGAUCUGAAAGAGCGACAUAUUAAAGCCGUAUCCGUCGCAUCGUUGGUGAAAGAAAAUCCAGAUGGAGGGAUCGAAGAUUUCAGAUCUAUCAAGCCGGAAUUAGGAGGCAUCAGUGACUUGGAAGAUCUCAUCAAGGUGGCGAAGGAAGAGGGUCAGCAAAUCUUCCUGGAGUUGGAUCCCAAUCAUUCCUCCGUGCAGCAUCCGUGGUUCAAACGGUCGGUCGAGAAGGAAGACCCGUUCACGUCCUAUUAUGUCUGGGCCGAUGGAAUAACUACUGCCGGAAGACUAAGUCCCCCUAAUAAUUGGUUGAGUGUAUACGGCGAAUCUGCAUGGGAGUGGAACGAACAGAGGGGCCAAUAUUACCUUCAUCAAUUCAAUAAGACGCAACCCGACUUGAAUUACAACAAUCCGGACGUAGUACAAGAGUUCGGAGACAUUCUGGCUCACUGGUUGAAACUGGGGAUCAGCGGUUUCCGUCUGGCGAACACUCAGUACUUAACGGAAGACCCGGACCUCCGUGACGAGUCCAGGAGCAUCCUUCCAGUAGAGUCGAAUAAUUAUCAAUCGCUGGUACACAUUCACACGCGCAAUCGCCCGGAGAACGCGAUGGUGCUGAUGAAAUGGCGAGAGAUUGUUCGCAACGCUACCGAUGGGAAGGGAUUGUUCACGUUGCAAGACGACAUCGGGGCCGAUAUGCUGCAGGUGUAUAAUCAGAAGAACCCGCUGAUUGAUCUGCCGCAGAGCUCGCACUUCCUCACCGUUGCGAACGCGAGCAUAAACGCCACGGUGCUGCAUAAAAGCAUAUCACAUUGGAUCGAGAUCGCGCCAUGGCCCGCGUGGAACGUGAAUGGCAAGGUGCGCACGAUACGAGAACGUAUGCCCAACGACGUCGCGGACAGCAUAACGUUGAUGACCAUGUUGUUGCCGGGCACGCCGAUUUUUCAACUGAGCGACGUUAGGUCCACGAAGGAUGCCUUCACGAUUCUCGCAAAAGUUCGAAGUAUGCCGACUUUCCUCUACGGGGACACGAUGACUAGAGUUGUGAACGAAACCGUCUUUGUGUAUACGAGGAUUGGGUUAAAGAGCGGUAAUCCGGGAUAUCUGGUAGCAUAUCAUACAGGGGAUGAUUCAGUUGUCAUAGACUUAUCCAGUAUACCGCACAUGUCAGAAGAAGUCAACGUGGUUGCGUCUAGCCCUAACUACGUUCAAGACGGGGAAGAAAUACAGAAAAAGUUGUAUUCCAACAAAGUGCCAAUGUUACCGAAGAGCACGUUGGUUCUAACGUUUGUGCAAAAGGAGUAAUUUGCACGAAGAAUACGAUAUACUUUAGAUGCAAAACCAGCGGCCAUAUAUAUUACGCCGUUUUUGUCCCAAUAUGCAAGCAAAUAAAUAUAUAUAAUUGACAUAUUAAUAUAAAAAAAUCAACCGAGUUAUUUUAUCCAAAGUAAAGUAUGUUUAUAUCUAAGUUCUUGUGACGUAUAUUGAUAUCAUUUAUAUGUUUAUCAUAAUGUGAUAAAUCUUGGUACAAUAAUACUGCAGAUUUGCGUUCUUUAUGAUAUUCGCACAUAUAUCGCACAUUUGACGUAAAUGGAUUAAAAGUAAAUGAAUUAAUCAAUAUUCGAAACGGAACUUCGAUAAUAUGACGAUCUGAGUUGGUUGGUUGCUAAUGGCUCCGUUCAGCAGAGAAAGUAGCUCAAUGAGCGUCUAAUAAUUAUUAUUUCUGAUUGGUACUGGACCUAUCAAAGGAUUAAAGAUAUUUUAAGCACAAUAAUCAGUAAACAUUCAUUAAACUACUUUCUCUACUGACCGCAGGAUGAAAUCUAACUGCGUUAGAGGUCCUGUCUUCGGUCUCUGAUAGAUCUAGAUGUGAACUUUCAAUUCUAACAUGUUUUCCUAUCAGUCAUGUUCGAAAAAUAUUUAUUCUACUUAUU